GCCCAGCCGUGGGGGAGGGGCGGGGUCCUCCAGCCCCCACGCUACCAGUGUGUGGGGUGUGGCGCCGUUCUGGUAAGCCCCACCCCAGGACCCCAAAUCCUGCCCCAACACCCCCCUCCCCUAGAAGGUUGCCUGCGGGUCUUGGAGCCUGGCUGAUGGCCCACCCCGGCCUCCUCGGGAGAUGGGGCUGCAGACAUCAGGGGUCAGGCCGUCCUUCCCCCCACACCAGCUCCGCUGCUGGCAUCCCUCACCCGAUUCCUGAUUUGGGGGUGAGAACUGGCUCCCAGAAACCCUGGGUCCUGUCCCCUGACCUCCUGCCUGGCAUCAGAGAGAAGCUGCUGCGAGGGGUGGGCCUGGCUGCCGGGGGUGCAUGGGCCUGGCCAGGCCACAGCUCCCUGCCUGCAGCCUCCUCUCCCUUCUCCCCCAGCGUCCCUCACAGCAGAUCUAGCGGGCCUUUUCUUUUUUUUCAAGUGCUGUUUCAAAACAGUUGUUACAGCAAUAGCUGCCGAUGGGCCUGCUGGAUGCGCAGGGGCUGGCAGCUGCCCAGGCGGGCGGCGCUCAGCAGCUCCCGUGGUACCAAAAUAAGCUCCCGUGUUCCCCGCGAAGACGGGAAGCAGGCGGCCGCGGGCAUGUCUGGCUCAGCGCACCACCCGCCCCAGGAAACCUCCGGGCCGCCUCUCACUCUCCCUGCUGUCCUGAGCCGACAAACGUUUUUAAUUUCUGAGAAACACGGUGUGGGGAGCUGCAGGCUCUCCUUCCACGGGGAAGGGAGAGGCCGAGGAGACGGGGGGACAGCACGCGGGUCGGGGCUGACCGAGCGGGGCUGUCCAGGGCUCUGCAAUCCCAUCGCCUGGGGUUGCACAAGUGGAUGGGCUCCCCUCGGGCCAGCCCGCAGGGCCAGCCUGGAAUGCAGCCAGGGGCGCUCUCCCACCCCCACGGCGCUGCACACCCACCCCUGGUCUGAGGAGCAGACAGCGGCUGCCCCGUGCAGCCCACUGUGCCCUGACACCUGGGUGCGCACACAGUGCUCGCGCACACGUAUGAUACUCGCGUGCAGUCUCAUUUGUGAGCACACAUCAAACAUGCAUGCACAUGCUCAAACACGUGCACAACACAUACAUGCACACCCAACCACACACCAGCUCUCCAGAGAACCUGCCUUUCCGUGCACAGCCUGGGGGCCCUUGUCCCCCCUGGACCUCUCCCCAGCCCUGGGGCCCACACCCUGUGCCCUGAGAGUGGCGGCAGAUCGAGGUGCCUCUGCUCCUGCCACCUGGAACCCUGAAAUAAUCAGUGUUUCACACGGGGAGGGGGUGUCAGGCGGGUUACAUAAAAUCGUGAAUUAGUCACCGCUCCAACCACACGCCCUGCUUGGGCCCAGAGCAGCCCGGAGCUGGGCUCAGAUUAUCGU